AAUGUCACUUGGCAGAACACUGGUUUCUCUGACAUCUACGCCGUUUACUUGCUUAUGUAGAAGUCAUGCUGUGCGUUCAACUCAUAAAAUAGCUGCUCGUAGCUUAUCAUUGUCAUCAGCUCAAUACUCAGAAGACAAUAAAGACUACAAGAUAAAUCCUGAAUUCGUCAACAGAAAUGACAGGUGUCUAGAGUAUAUGAAUGUUUCUCCUAGACGAAAAGGAUGGAGAUUUCAGCAACCUUCACGAAACUUUUAUUACAAACUCCAUAUUAAUCCUACCUCCAACAAAAUAGAGGCGUACCUAGAACAUUCCUCAGGGAGGAAAGUUGUUUAUGCUUCUUCAUCAGAAUGGGCCAUAAGACAGUUUUUAUACAGUGCCAGAGAUGUGUCAGCAGCUGUCAAUACUGGGCGCGUGUUUGCUGAUCGCUGUCAAAAAGCCGGCAUUGUCAAUGUGUAUUAUGACCCAGUCUCAGACAGUCACGGAGGGGAAAAGAUAAAGGCAGUGCUGAAUGCUUUGGAGGAAGCUGGAAUAGAGAUCGGAGAAGAGGCGGUCCAUGAAGGAGAAUUUAAACCUGGAAUCAAAUACGAUGGCAAAAACCGUGUGGGAGAGAAGCACCGGCCUGAUGACAUACAGAUUGUAUAAUCUUUUAUAUGUAAAUGUGUUCUUCAUAGAAAUUUGGAUAUGUCAUUAAAAAAAUUGCUUAAAAAAAUUGA